UUCUACAACUGUGACUUUUGCAGGGAAACUUUGUGAAUUGCUCGCAGAAAGAAGCGCGUUCACAGUACUUCAGCUGACAUGAAAGGCUGGAAACUCUGUCUCAUCUUCAUCUUUCCACUGCUGACUUCAACUCUUGGAGGAGAGGACACGGUGGCAGAAGACAUCGGUGUCCAUCAACUGGAGCGAUUAGUGGAGAUGCUGACGGUAAAGGAGUGCGAAGAUCUUCUACGCACUCUCUCCCACCCGGAGGAAAAUAUAUUCCAUCGACUUGAACGCCUCUCGCCGAAAAAAAAUCUAUCAGCUCUUAAGCCCCGCACCAAAAGAGACACAUCUUUAUUUGUGGACAGUGAGGCUCAGUGUCAGGCAGCCCUCACAGAGUGGCUGCUGCAGUACGGUGACCACACCUACUAUGACAGGCUCACACGCGCCUUGCAGCACAUUGGCAGAAGUGACAUCGCCAUUGAAGUGGGGAAGAACAUCAAUCAGGACAAAGUGUUGAAGCUGAAGCGCUACGUGGACGGUUAUCACAAAUAUGUGAGCUCUUUAAACAUCCCGUCAGUACAAGUGGAUCCAAAACAAGAUGCAGGUCAGAAGGUCAAGAAAAGAACUGUGAGGGAUCUGAGUUGGCGUGACCUUGACCUGAUUGUGGAGCGAGCGCCUGUUCCCCCGUACAUGAAGGGACCCAUGGACGUAUUUCUGCCAGUCUUGUAUGGCUUCAUGAUGGGCUUCACAGGUACUUUGUUUGUAGGUGUCCUUAUCUUCAUUAUUGUCAGCAGAAAACAGCUGAGUCAUCAACCGAGGGUCAAGAUCAGCUCCAGCUGCAGGAGUUCCUGGUCUCCCCCUCCUCUCCUCUGUCCCCCAUUUUUCUUUCACCCCGACCGGUCGAGGCAGAUGCUGCACAUUUGUGAGUCUGGUUCUGUCGGAUUUUUUCUUCUUCUGUUAAAAGGGAGUUUUUCUGUCUCCACUGGUGUUUGUUCAUUGUGUGAAUUGUUGGGUUUCUCUUCUCUAUAUAAUAGUGUAAAUGUUUCCGUCUCUCUAUGUACAGUGCCUUGAGAUAGUGUAUGUUGUGAUUUGGUGCUAUACAAAUUCAAUUGAAUUAAAUAGUUAACAAAAGUGUAAGGUUGUAAGGUUCUUGAUGACGUGUCACCUCUCAUCCAGGAGGCUAACCCUAACCCAUGGGUAAGUUUGUCCUUCUGUUAGCAUCAUGUCUACUGUCUACUGUUUUUUGUGAUGGUAGAUAAUUACCCAAGUAUGUUCCUGUUGGAUUUUGGGAAGAAUCUACCCACUACCCACAUGACAUCACAAAAAAUGUUUCUUAUAAUGAGCAAAACUGUAAAAAACAAACCAUUUUUGGAUUCAGAAUUCAGGAUUUGAUGGCAACCUACAUUUAUUUUCAGUGUGAGAGGUGCUACUGUGUCCCUUUGGCCAAAGGUACAAGGGGUAAUAAAGUAACCAGACCACAGACACACAGUCACUGGAACUGCUCUACUUUUCACUUUUUACUCUUAUUCUACUUUGUAGUGAUUUUAAAUGAUUUUAACGUGUCUUUAUUGUGGUUUUAGGUUUUAGGUCUUAUUCUUAGUGUAAUCUAAGAACAAGAACAAUCUAAGUGUUGUUUUGUCGUCUGUAAUUGAUGAGCAAAGACAAUAAAGACGUAUUCUUCCA